UCAAACAGGGACAGGAAGCUGAAGCAACGAAGGACGCCAGACAUUAUGAAGUUGCGUACGAGACGACACAGGUUGAAGUGCAAUGCAUUUGUGGCCUUUUCAAUUUCAAAGGCUAUUUCAUUUGUGCAGGCACCUUAAUCACAACAGUUUGUAGAAGAAAUACUACAAGAGCAAAUUUGCGUUGUGUUGUUUCCUAAUCGUACUUGAAUAUAUACUAUUCCAUUGGUAGUAUCUCAAUUUUACAUAAUGAUCCGAAGAUCAAAAUGUAAUUAAAUCUCCAUUCACCCACAAAAAAUCUUUGAAUAAUUAAAGUAAAGCUAAACUAGGAAAGAGGUAUGGGAGAAGCAUGCCAUAUCUUUGAAUUAUAAACUAGGAAAAUAGGUAUGGGUGAAGCAUGUGCAUUGUUUUGAAUAAAUUCCCCAAAUGAAUUCAAUAAUUGGGUUAGGCUGCCAAACCAAACUUGACAGUUGCCAAUUUCCCUCCUUUUUCACUCUCCACCAUUUGCCCUAACACUCAUUGUUCACUUCAUUCUAUUCAAAGUUCAAACCACCGCCGUCUCCUCUCUAAUUGUUCUUUCAUGAUUUCAAGUUCUUCUUUGCAAUCCUUCAUUUUUCUGGUGCAGAUCAUUAGCUUCCCAGGGCAUAAUCUUCAUCCAUCCAUCCAUCCAUCCAGUGAGAGGCAUCUACUUCAACAUAUUUUUAUAACUGGAAUAUGGCCGAGAUCCGGUACUGUGACGGGGCAUCAUUUAUGGCAGCCGUCAAUCCGGAAACAAAACUCUAUCUAAGAGGCCGGAGAAUCUUCUCUUUUGUAAUUGAAGAGCUCAUGAGUACUCAAGGAAUGAGUAAUGCUGAAAAUGCUUUACUCAUAGGAACCUCGGCAGCUGGGUUGGCCACGAUCCUGAAUUGUGAUCGUUUCCAUUCUUUUCUCCCCAGUGUCUGUCGUGUAAAAUGCAUUUCAGAUUCUGGGUUCUUCAUACGAGCGAAACAUCUCCAUGGAGCUCAGGACAAUAUCAUAUACAAAUUUCGCAACACAGUUUUAUUUCAUGAAUUAGCAGAAUUUCUGCCAAAGUCAUGCACACAGAGACAUGUUACAGAAUUGUGUUUUCUCCCGGAAAAUGUGGUCAAUGAUAUUCGGACGCCGUUGUUUCUGUUAAACUCUGAUUUUGACCGAUAUCAAUUAGGGGUGCAUGUAUUACCAAAUUCGUGUAUUGAAGUUGGCUGGAAAGAUUGCUUGAAAAAUAAUAGCAAUCUUCCAUGUUGCACGGACAAUCAACUACAACUCAUAAUGGAUUUUCGGACUACAUUUCUGAAAACAUUGGAGAAACUAGAUGAUAAUCCAUCAAGAGGAUUAUUCAUCACUUCGUGCUAUGUCCAUGAUUUUGUUUACGAACCAUUCAAUUGGCAGGGAAUACCCACUUUGCAAAAUAAGACAAUUCAACAAGCCUUGGGUGAUUGGUAUUUCGAAAGGAGUAGUGUUCUAUUCAUAGACUGUCAAAAUCUAUAUCCAAUUAAUUGCAUUGUAACAGUUUGAAUCCAUUAAGUUUAUGUAAUUUUUAAUAUUAAAUAUAUUUAAAUUUAGAUUUAA